AUGGCGGUAAUGAAAAAAUUCAUUUACCUGCUGCCCUUUGCGGCUUUUCUCGCUAAUGGCGUGCAUGCCGAUGGAGGAGACGACUUCUCCAACAACUUAAUCUCAGACCUAUCACCCCUAUUAGCCCUCUUUGGAGAACGUGUUACCAUGCAAUUCAUGAGUCAAGCCAUGGGUUGGGCUGACGACAUCAUACUCGCAAUGGCUCCCGUCGGUAUCAUCACUCUUCUUGUCAGCGCAAUAAGAGUGGGAGGUUUCCAAUGGCUAAAAGCUGUCAUUGGCAGAGCUAGAGAGAACCUUGCAGUGGCCGAACAAGAGUUGAUGUCGUCUACCUCGAAAGAGGUCUGUGAGCUGUGGAACAGUCAAGAGGUGGUGAGAAGCAUGGGCUCAGCCUCGGACUCGGUGGCAGAGUUCAUCUGCUUGCUACCGCCAGCUACUCCUGAUGAUACUGGCUCUAGCACGAAAUCGAGUGACAAGAGUCUGUCUGACAACUUCAAGAUACUAGUAAUGGAUCUUGAAAAGGCAAAAAAGAAUUAUCUUAACCAUGUUAAUAAGCAUGAGGAGAACAGCCAAUCAAGAAAUAGUGCCACUAGUAAUCUUAAGCAAAGCAGAGAUGAAGAGAGCAGCAUUGCUACAUCGCCCAAUGACCUUAUCAUUGUCCAGAAUAAAUCAGCCGAUGCUCCCAAUAUCUCGCUCAACUCUCCUCCUCGACAACGAGACGUAGAGCUCCGGCUUGUAGCUGCCGCUGGAAUCAUGCUUCAGCUCGGGGUUCUGGUCUAUUCUGGAUUCUCGAUAUUUCACCCGACACUGAGUUUCCCGAAAGACGAACGCACCAUCGAGAAAUAUACCUUUGUCUGUUUCGCAAUUGGCACAUUUGUGUUAUCACUGGGCUUAUUACUCUGUUCACACGUCGUGGAAGAUAGCACCCAUGAGGACAGAUAUCAGCCGGCAGGCAAGGAAGUUCGACUGAUAUGGUUGCAGCGGACCAAAACCGUAAGUGAUCAGAUUUUUGGCUCCUUUGCGCUGUUUGCAAUGGGAGAACGACAACUCAUCCUCACAUCCUGUCGAUCGCACCGACUGACUGAAGAGGACGAACGCUGGAAACUAGGGGUCAAAACGCUGGUUGGAACAAUUCUUGGCCUUUGCGGUUACAUUGUGCAGUUUAUCGGCCUACGCGGUAUGCACUGGUCUGUUUCAGUCUGUCAACUGGGAGCGACUCUUUUGAUGGUAGGCCUCAAGGCUUUAGUGCGUCGUGGACUCGGUUCGUCCCUGCGAUCGAACAAGCUUGAUUCCGGAUUCGAACUCGAUUGGUUUGCAAUAGCGUUGAGAGACAAAGGACUAGAACUUCUAAGAUCUGAGCCGAAGUCCGAGAAAGACAUGGCCAUGAAAAUUGAAACGGAGCAUUGGCUUCUAAAAAUUCCAAAGCCACAUGAGCAACCGAACCAGCGCGAGCCUUCGAAAGAGGCUUUUAAGGAGCCCUCAAAAGCGCAGAUGGUUAUGCAGACAAGAAGAGACCUAAAGAAAUUGGCAAGUUGGAGUGGGCCUGCCCCGGCAGAAGCUGUCGCUGUUGCGCGUGCGAUAGAGAUCACGAUGAGAUCUCUUUUCGAUUUCUUGGAUGGUACUUUCACUUGGUCUCUCACAACGCUCGAUAAUGAAGAGAUCAAGUUUGAAGUUGUGAAAAAAGAUGGAAAGUGGAACUCAUCUGCAGAGGAUAUUGAAGCAGCGCUAUCUUUAUGGCUCUUUUCUGCUCAUCGACACAAGUGCAAGGAAAGCCACAAUCAAGACAAAACCCAUGCCAGUGCGUCGAAGACUGCGAAAUCGCAUAGCCCCCGCAUAGAAGCAUCUGCUUCGGACGUUACAUUGCGCUUUCUCGGCCCGAACACAGAGAGUCUUCGAAGAGAUCUUGCGUGGUGGAUGCCUAGCAAAGCAGUUCGAUUCGUGGCAGCAACAGAAAGUAGUUCGGGCGAGGCAUUUGACAAUUACAAGGUGGUCGGCUAUGGACCCGUACACUACGAUGCGUCUGAGGGGGCAAACGGAAAAAUCAUGUUCAACAUCAAUGAGCUAGACGAGCUGGAUAACAAUGCAGAGCUGGGCAGUAAUGGUGCUGAAGAAACGAAGGGGGGAAAAGACCAACAAGCGUCGUUCCUUGCUACGAAGUCAUACAAACCCUUGAAGUUGCUCUUUGCCCAAGAAAUGUUCUCGGCUUUCCUAUGGUCUAUUACAAGAGAAAAGAGUGUCCAGGAACAGCCAGUUGAAAACGAAGCUGACAUCACGCCUAAUGAUAUCAGCAAAAGCGAAAACUGGCAAGUUUUCACGCUCAAAAACACAAAAUUAUCAAAGAUGGCCCAAGAGAUUUAUGACACUGGGCUUGGGACUCCAGAGGAAGUCUACCUGAGCAUCAUACCACCGCUCAGCGUCAAUGACAGAUUGCCGCGCACCAAUGCCAUUAUUAGCCUGACACAACAGGAAGCCUUGCGACAUGAAAAGCUUCAGCAGUGGCAGCAAGUUGCCGAAGUGUAUCUUUGGCUCUUUCGGAAAGCAAAGACGUUCCCGGCCGAAAGCGACUUUGUAGCUAAGGCUACGGCUGUCUUGUUCGAAUGCCACAGACAAGUUGUGUCGGCAGCUGAGCUAGCUGAACAUGAAAAUAAGGAUACUCCUAUCUAUCAGCAUCUGAAAAGACUGGCGUCUCAUAUUGCGGAAGAGCUGAAGUCUGCCAGCCGGAAAUUUCGUUCGAGCCUUAUGGGUUUGUACAAGCUGCAAGGCCGCGAUUGGCAGGACGACUCUGCCCCGCCGUUGGGAUUCCACAAAUUGGCUUGGGAUGAUGAGGACGAAGAAGAGUUAGCAAUACAGCUAAAGAAGCUAAAAUUCACAGAUCUUCAUAAGUUUGUAGCAAUCGACAGAGACAGAGACAUCCGUAUCGAGAAGUUUGGAAUCGGCGUGAAUCUAAGGGACAUUCACGAUUGGACCACUCUGCAUUACGCCGCAAAAGAGGGAAAUACCGAUAUCAUAUCAUCUCUAUUAGAGUUUGAUGGGGAUCCCAAUGCCCCUGAUUUGCUCGGCUGGACCCCUUUACAUUACGCUUGUCAUUACGGUAACACUCCCGCAGCGCGGAGAUUGCUUUUGGGCGGCGCCAACGUCAACGUUCAAGGUAGAGAUGGUAUAGCACCGUUACACUGCGCAGUGAUGGAAGGAAGAGGCGAAACUGUCAAGAUGCUGGUAGGGUCAGGAGCAUCCAUUGACGUAUUAGAUGCAUCAAGAAAGACGCCGUUGCUUUGGGCUGCACACGGCGGACAUGCGGCUGUGAUGGAGAUCCUAAUAGAAAAAGCAAAUACGGAUGCGGCAGACAAGCAUGGAAGAACUGUAUCACACCUCGCGGCUCUUGGGGGCCACGAUACAGCAGUAGAUUGCCUUAUCAUUCACAGCAAACUCGAUGCAAAUGCCCGAGACCUCAGCAGCCGUACGCCGCUACAUUCGGCUGCCAUGUUGGGGCAUGAGGAUGUUGUCAGUUGGCUUGUAGCCGUCCAGGGAGUCGAUAAGAACGCCAAAGAUAUAGGAGGCCAGAUGCCACUUCAUCUCGCUGCAAGAACACGAAUGAAGGACGUUGUAGAGAUGCUUAUUGAUGAAGGGGCUGACAAGGAAGCUUCAGAUCAGCAUGGCCACACGCCACUACAUCUUGCCGCAGAGGCAGGGAUAGAAGACGUCGUGGAAAUGCUUAUUGAGAAAGGGAAUAACAAGAAAGCCUUGGACAAUUACGGCCGAACGCCACUUCAUCUUGCCUCCAGGGUAGGGGUAGUGAAAGUAGUAGAGAUGCUUGUUGAGAAGGGGGCUGAUAAAGAAGCCUUGGAUGAUUAUGGCCAAACACCACUUCAUCUUGCUAUCAGGGCAGGAAUAAAGGACGUUGCAGAGAUGCUUAUUGAAAAAGGAAGUAACAUGGAAGCUUCGGAUGAUUAUGGUCAAACACCACUUCAUCUUUCCACAAGGGCGGGUAUGAAGGACGUUGUAGAAAUGCUUAUUCAAAAAGGGGCUAACAAGGAAGCUUCGGCUGAUUAUGGCCGAACGCCACUUUACCUUGCCGCAAGAGCAGGAAUUGAAGGCAUCGUAGAGAUGCUUAUUGAGAAAGGAGCUGACAAAGAAGCUUCAGAUCAGUAUGGCCAAAAACCACUGCACAUUGCAACCAUCUACGGGGAGGCAGAUGUCAUAGCUAUAUUGCUUAGAGAAGGGGCCAAGAUAGACGCCCGAGAUAGAGAUGGCCGGACGCCACUGCACAUGUCUGCAGAGUAUAACGGAAGUUUUGAUGCUGCUACAAAGCUUAUCGAGAAAGGAGCCGACAAGGAAGCACAAGAUAAUCAGGGUCAAACACCUUUACAUAGAGCUGUACAGUUUGGUUCGCGCCGUAUUAUCAGUUUGUUGCUUGAGGCGAACGCCAAUAAUAGAGCGCAGGAUAAUAAUGGGAAGACACCGCAAGAUCUUACUUUUGAGUUUGAAAACAACAAAGCUGUCAGCUCUCUUAGAUAG